UAACCUUGCGGUACAACUGCAGGCACAGAUUUUGGAACUGGGAAAAAAACAUGAUGCUGUAAUGUCAAGUAUUGCUAACCUCGGUGAUGUUCAACCAAGGUCAAUUGUUUACAUUCCAAGAGAAAAACAAAUUGCGCCUUUUAGUGGGGAACAAGGGAAAGACAUUCACACCGUUGAUGAGUUCAUAGAAGAGGUAGAGCGUACGAUGAGAGCACGGGGCCUACAGGGGGAGGAGCAGGUGGACUUCAUCUUCUCGCAGUUAAAGGGGUCAGCUCUGGAGGAGGUUAAGUUACGAGUGGGUGGACAGGUCAAGCAACCCAGUGACCUAUUUUCAUACUUGAGGGAGGCAUUCAGAGAGAGACGCACUACACCACAACUCUUACAUGCUUUCUAUGCGCGCAGGCAGUUAGAUGGGGAAGACUUGCGGGAUUUUUCACAUGCGCUCUCACAUCUGCUCAAUUCUGCCCUUCAACAGUCCCCUAACGCUGUAGGUGAUGUACAGCUAGCACUUAGAGACCAGUUAAUUGAAGGAGUACGUGACUCCACCCUUCGACGUGAGUUGCGCAGGCUUAUUAGGGAGAAGCCGGGCUUAAGCCUGUUUGAUGUGCGAGAAGAGGCAAUGAUGUGGACACUGGAAGACCGGCCUCACAGUACUAAUGUGGCGAGGAGCCGAAAUCUUGUGUGCUGUGACCCAGACAAGGGUUCAGGAGAAACAGAUUUGGCCGGUAAUGCACAGACUGACUUGACCACCACUCUGCAGGACGUAGUUAAAAUAAUUGCGCAGCAGGGUAAAGCAAUUAGUGAGCUAACCAACGCAGUCCGUGAUCUCACAACCCACCACACUAGUUCAGAAAGGGAAACCAAGGAGGUUCGAUUUAAAAUCAAGCCGAAGUAUACAGAUGACGGACAGCCGAUUUGUCUACGAUGCGAGGGGGUUGGACACAUGGCCAGACAAUGCAAUCGACCACGUGACGCAGGAGGAUCUCCUAUUGGUCAGCCUAAUCCUGCGGUUCAGGGAAACAGGAACCCUCCAUUGCUAUGAGCUGGGCAAUGCGAGGCAAGUCAAAAGGCUCAAAGGACGUCCUCACCAAAGAACGGUUUCUACGACAUGCUGUAGGCAAAUGCCCUGAGGUAGACAUCCAGAUUGGUGGAGUUCUGCUUAGGUGCCUACUGGACACAGGUAGUAACGUAAGCACGUUGACAGAAAGCUUCUUCAGAGAUCACCUGCAUGGGGAAGAUGAAGAUAUGCAUUGUACCGCUAAAUGGCUUAAAAUCACAGCAGCCAAUCAGUUACCUCUUCCCUACUUAGGCUAUGUUGAGCUAGAUGUGCAGGUGAUGGGAUUCAACAUUCCAGAGUGUGGAUUCUUAAUAAUCCGAGACGAUAAUACCAAACGAGCAGAUUCAUCUCCACCUGGCAUUAUUGGGAUGAAUAUUGCAAAAAGGUGUCGACAGAUGGUAAUGUCAGAGUUUGACACAGCUCUACAGGGAGUGCUGGAUUCUGAUUGGAGAGACGCUUUUCAUCAAAUGCAGGGGGCAGAACUUGCCGGAAAAGUGUCUACAGCCCAUGUGGCAGGAAAACAGAAAGUGCAUAUACCUGCUUCAGCUAUUGUUACAGUUCAUGCAAGGGGGCUCAGGAAGUCGCUGCGUAGGGGCUCCAGCAUGCUGCUUGAGCCAGGGCCUACGCCACUGCCUGGCGGGUUGAUUGUGUUCCCCACAGUGGUUUCAGCCGACAGUCAGGUGUUCCCGGUCCAAGUGGUCAACUUCUCUCCGGAGGAUGUGUGGUUAUCCCCGAAGACGAGGUUAGGUGUCCUUAGUCAGUGUCAGUGUGUGGACGGCGACCCCUGCGAGGUAAAGUUUCAGCGUAUCACCGCUGACCACGAGGAAGUGACGAUUGACCGGAAGGAUGAUCAUGGAGGUGACAGCGACAUACAGAACCUAUUAAAGCAGCUACACCUAGGAGGUACGCUAGAACAACAGGUGGAAUUAGGAGAGCUUCUGAUGAAGUAUGCAGAUGUGUUUGCAAUUCAUGAUGAAGAUCUUGGAUACACUGAUACGGUGAAACAUGAAAUCCCCGUGGUUGACGAGACGCCAGUUUCACAGCCGUACCGGCGCAUUCCCCCUAAUCAGUACAAGGAGGUCAGGGAACAUAUUUCUGAACUGCUGAGAAAAGGCGUGAUUCAAGAAAGUUCAAGCUCCUAUGCCUCGCCUAUUGUGUUGGUGCGCAAGUCUGAUGGAAGUUUAAGACUAUGUGUGGAUUACAGGAGGCUGAACCUGAAGACCAGGCGUGAUGCAUUUCCACUGCCCCGAAUUGAUGAAACUUUAGACGCCCUGAGUGGCGCAAAGUCCUUCUCGACAAUCGACCUCGCCAGUGGAUACCAUCAGGUUGCUGUACACGAGAAGGAUAGGAACAAAACUGCUUUCACUACACCAUUCGGGCUCUAUGAGUACCUGAGGAUGCCUUUUGGGCUCUGUAACGCACCUGCAACCUUUCAACGCCUGAUGCAGACUACAAUGAGUGAUCUUGUGUUGCAGAUUGUAUUGAUCUACUUGGAUGACUUUCUUGUGUUUUCAUCAACAUUUCAGGACCACUUGGUGAGGUUAGAGACAGUUUUCAAGAGGUUGAGAGAGACGGGGCUAAAAGUCAAAAUGAAGAAGUGCCAUUUCCUCCAACCUGAGGUCAGGUUUCUUGGCCACCAAGUUUCAGCUCAAGGUAUUGGCACAGACCCUGACAAGAUCGAUGCAGUGAAGAAAUGGCCCAUCCCCAGUACUGUGAAAGAGCUGCGGUCAUUUUUAGGGUUUUGCAGUUACUAUAGGAGGUUCAUUGGGGGUUUCUCCCAAAUUGCAGGGCCCCUCCACGAUGUUAGACGGAUGCUAGUAUUCAAGGUCUAG